AUUCCAAGAGGGAUAUAACAAUUUUCCUCAUGAUUCCAUGAACCUUGGUAGAAGGUCAAGACUAAGCAAUAAAUCUUUGGAAUUCUSCACGUCAUGCCAGCCACACCCACAGUCACGCGGUAUUCAGGAUGGAAGUACCUUGCUUUCACCUCGGACAAACACAAAGUUAUGUCAACAACAUGUCCAGACGGACCCUCAAACCACAUCAAAAGAAAAAUGUCUCCAUGUUUCUUGUCACCUGGAUAAGGCAGCCCCUUUACGACCAAUUGCCUGUGGUCAAUCUUGCCAGACCAACCAGUACAGUUUGAACAAAACAGUUUUCACUCAUGACAAGGUUCCACCUCAAGACGAAGCCCAAAAUGGAUUAGACGAGCCAAGCAGUGAUAACGCGCUUUCUCAUGAUUCCAAGCGCCCUGGUASAAAUUUGAGKCUUAAGAGUGACUCUAUGUCAUAUCAGCCACGCCCACCUGUACUAUCCAGUGGCAUUUGGGAUGGGUGUACAAUGCUUUCAAAAAGCCUUAAUUCUAGUACACCAAUCAUGAAAACCGUUCCUUGCCAAAAUCAUUAUUGCCGAGGUCGUUCUGAUUUUGACAGAGGAGAAAACUCCCGUUUCCAAAUCCAAACAUUGAUACCACGAAUAGUUCAUACAGAAGGCGAGUUAUACUACUGUUCUUCUUCWCCGGGUUCKUCCCCGGGAUCGRCCUCACCMAAAAAGUCGUUAGAAUAUCUCUUUCCAGGAAAUUCGCCAAAACGAUUGUUAAGCCGUUCACCACUUUCUUCACCCAACACCAUACCCCAGAGAUUAUCAAAGGAGACUUGCAGUCUUUCCAGUAACUCCAGUCCAACACGCAUACAAAGCGAGUACARCUAUCCAUCGACGUCAGGUUUGACUUUAAGUGAGCAAAAAGAAGAAUUGCAGCCAACCAGUAACAGGCCAUCCAGCAGAGUCGUGAAAGAUGCUAAAAAAGAACUCUGCGAUUCCACGAAAGAUUCACAGCAUGAAAAAAUAAGAGAAAAAGUUAGAAAUUAUUUCACUUUUCCAUCAUUGCCUCAGCCUGGGAGGUGGCUAAUAACCAAACGUGAAAAACAACAACCUACCAUGAUACAAAAAUCAAAAAACAUUUCCAUUGAUGAACUGUUUACUCUGGAACGAUGCAAGGUGCAGGAGGACAAUGUCAGUCGAGGUGAUAUAAAAAGUACCGAACGCAAAAGAAACGAACCGCGUAAAAAUGCAGGACGAGCGUGUAACGAACGGAAAUGUUCCGGCAGUAAAGGUACAGAACGUGCAAGUACCGAACCCCGAAGUAAUGAACGUAAACGCAACGGUCGUAAAGAUGCAGAACACAACAUUUCCAACUCAACAAGCAGCGAACGCAAAAGUGGCGAAUGCAAAGACGCCGAAGGCACCAAAGGCACAAGUAACGAGAAAAAAAGUGAGAAAAGCAAAACUAACGAACAAAAAGAUGCUGAGAGUGGAAGUAACGCUGUUGGAGAGGAAAAGCAAACCUAUUCAUUAAUGGAGUUUUUAAACCUUAUUGAUGACGAAGAAUGGGAUGACAAAAAUUUUCUGGAGUAGUUUAAAGAUACUCAGUUACUGAAAACAAAUUGGAGUUUUCUUAUUUCCCCCACCAUUCAUGUAUCCGUAUGCCUUUCCAACGAGAGUUACAGUCAGUUCAGCAGUCUGCUUACUGUCAACUGAAGACACAAAGUAGCAUUGGAGGCCAAUUUGGUCAGAGAAAG